CCGGUGACGAAAAACUGCGGGCCAGCUGUCACGGCGCGCGAAAGAUCAAAUUUUGUCUCCGGUGUGUGAGGAACAGGCGGGAGGAAGUGGAGCUGCUCGGCUAGACUCUCUCUAAAUGAGAUUUAAACAUCAAAUAUAGCAUUUGUCGCCUCGACAUUUCGGUUUCAUGCUCUGUUUUGUUCUUGGAGAGUCGAUGAAACCGUGUGUCCGCUGAUUUAUUCCACAGAAGAGAGGAAACAAAGAUGAGCCUGGUUCUCUCUCAACAACAGGCUGAGGGACUCCCAGCUGUGCCUCAAACAGUAGCUGAGAGCGACUCAGACAGCGGGAUGGGCUCUCCGGAGGAGGAGAUGGUCACAGAGACGGCAAACAAAGUAGAAGAACUUAAAGAUUCUGACGAUGAUGAAGACAUCACAGUCCACCGAAAGCCUCACCGUAACGCCAUCAGAGACAGCGACAGCGAGGAGGACGAGGCUUCGGCAGAGAACAGCGUGCACAUGACCGAAGCGCUGGCUCUGUCAGCUUCAAGCGGAGAUGAGAUGGAGACAAAAGGGUCUGAGGAGAAGGAUGAGAAGGAUGAGCGGAGAGACGGAGGGACGCAGAAGAGCAAGAGAAUCAGCCGCGCUCCCAUCGACAGCGAUGACAGCGAGCCCGAUCAGGAGAAAGGAGGAGAAACGGAGGAGCAAGAGGAAGAAGUAAAAGCUCCUAAGGACAGGAAGAAGAGGGAGAAGAGUCAGAGACAUCGGGAGAAAAAGGAGAAGCGAAGUAGAGCGGUGGAGAAAGUGAAGAAGAGGGACAGAUUUGCUGAGACUGCUGAGGACUCACCUCUCCCUCGGGGUCUGAACGACAGCGGAUGUCCUCUGGGUGACACAGACCUGUUUGAUACUGGGCUGAAUGAUGAUGAUGAGGAAGAGGAGUCUCUAGAGGCCAUCAGAGCUGCUGUCAAGCAAAGAAUGAAGAAGCACAAGGAUCCGCUUCUGGAUGAGGAUGAGGAGGACGACGAUGAAGAGGUGCCAGAGAAACAUCAGCGUGUGGAGCGGAAAGCUGCACGCGCCAGCAGAGAGGCAAUGAAGCAGCUCCACAGCGAGUCUCAGAGGCUGGUCAGAGAGUCGACUCUCGGCCUGCCCUACCACAUCCCCCAGCCGAAGACCAUCGACCAGUUUUUCAAGAAGAGAGUCAGGCCUGGUGGUCCCGCUAUGGCGUUAUUGAAAUCCACAAAGUAUUCAGCUGUGAUGUUGGAGAAACCCUCAGCUCCUCCUCCUCCAACUGAGCCCCCGCAGCCGUCCACAGAGCAGGACUCCUCUCCAUCUCUGGACCUCUCCUCCUCCUCCUCCUCCACUCAGAUCCAGCCGAUCCCUCACCCUGCCGCCACCUCGUCCCCGCAGAAGGACAGCCCCAGCGAGACUCAGGAAGGAGCAGAGAGCCUGGAUCCCGACCAGGAAUCGGGCCCAAUGCUUUACCUCUCUGAGAGCCUGCAUGAGUCUGAGACGGCAGACGGAGCAGUGAGACCUGAAUCAGGAGAGGAAGCGUCUAAUGCAGCUGUAGAGCAGAGUCAGAAUGCACCCAUGGCUGACAUCCAGGAAGAAGAGGCUGAAGCUGGGGCUGUGGUGGAGCCUGUAGCAGACGCAGCAGAGCCUUUAACACAGCAGCUCACUAAACCCAAGAAGGACAAACUAGCCAUGCUCAAGAAGCUUGGACUGGACCCUCCACCUGUUGCUAAACUCUGCGCAGACGACGGAGCGUUCAUUCAGCUGGAGCCGCCACGACUCAACUCUGGUUUGGAAGCCCUGAAGGUGCGUUACCUUCGUCACGUCAAAGCACCCACACGCCCUAAAGGAGAGCGCACGAUGCAACUCAACAUCAUCCGUAAAGACAGCACCCCCUCUGGCCAGGAGGAGCUGCACACUGAGACGGUCUCUGUCACUGUUAAAGAAGGAGCGGAGGAGCCUGCGGUCACCAAACCAGGAGAGAAACUUCUGACUCUGAAGCAGCGCCUGCAGCUCGCCAUGGCCCAGCGCCGACAGGAAGAGCGGGAACGCAAGGCCGAGCUGAACCGCCUGGACAACGAAGAGUGCGGCGAGGAUGAAGAAGAGGAGGAAGACAUGACGGAUGAGUCUGAGGAAGAAGAAGGCAUAGAUGACUUACUGGGAGGAGAUGAUGGUGAGGCCGAAGAAGAGGAUGAGGAAGGCAGUGUGGUUCAGAGUAUCAGGAGCACUUCUCCUGUGGCUCUGAUCAGACCCUCUCUGACUCCUGACCUCAUUAACACAGAUGGAACACUAAUGCUGUUCCCUGGAAACUCCUGCUCUCGCACCGGUGACGGUGUCAGAAGAUCUGGUCCCUCUGGACAGGACAUCAGCAACAAGAUGGAUGAGGAGGACUCUCUGUCCCUGGUCAAGGAGAACAGCCACAACAGCAGCUUUGAGCUGGCGGGCUCCAUGAUCACCUCCUACCAGCCCAUCACUCAUCAGCGCUCUGCAGGACGACACUUCUCCAACUCCUCCAUGUUUCGCUCCCCGUCUCCCUGCCUCUUCAGGCCCAGCUUCCUCGGAUCUGCAUCCAAGAGUUCAGGCAAACUCUCUGAGCCCUCCCUCUGCCUCCCCGUUGAGGACUCCCAAGACUUGUAUGCACCCCCAUCUCCAGGAGCCGACUCAGGACCCCUGGGUGGAGCAGCUUCAGGCCCCGGUCUGGGAGGAGACUCUCAGGGCCGCUUCUCCCUGGAAGACGACACCCACUCCCAGCUACUGGACUCAGAUGGCUUCCUAAAUGUGGGUCCGCGUCCCGGUGCGUCCCGCUCCCACAAGAGACAGCUGAUCCUGGACAGCCUGGAUGAAAACGCAAUGGAUGCCAACAUGGGGGAGCUGUUAGGGCUGUGUUCAGGGGCGUUCGGGGCAGCGGAGGGCGGCUUGAGUCAGGCAGGGCGCCUCAGAGAGACGCAGGAGGAGGACGAGCUGCUGGGGUUGUGCUCCGGAGCGUUUCCGACGACGCAGGCUGGAGAGGAGCAGAGAGGGACAGUGGAGAGUAAAGGGGUACAGCAGGAGGAAGAGUCUGAUAACACCAUGGAUCAGCUGCUGGGGCUGUGUUCUGGGAAGUUUCCUAGUCAAGGUUCUGCCCACACAGCUUCACCAGCACAAGACAGUAAAACGAAGGCGGAGGAGAAAGAAGAAGAAGAAGAGGAGGAGGAGGAAGAGGACUGCGAGUUCAGGCUUCUGUCAGAUGUAGAGAGUCACAGUGAACAGGAGGACGAUGAAGACGAGGAUGGUGGAGAAGAAGAUGGAGCGGAAGUCGAGGCAGAUGCUGGUGAAGAUGAGGACAAUGACGUAGAAGAGGAGGAGAUGGAGGGUGUGUUUGCUCCACGUCGAAUCAAGCAGCAGAAGAAGAAGAAAAAGAAAAUGCGCCUAGCUGACUAUCUGGAGGCUGAGGCCGAGCUGUCGGGCAGUGAUUUGGGCAGCGAGGACGAGGAUGACGAGAGAGGGAGCGAAUACGAGGAAGAGGAGCCUCUGGAGGAGCUUCCCUCUGAUGAUGAGCUGCAGGACCAGGUCAACAAGAUCCACAUGAAGCAGAUCAUGGACGAUGACAAGCGCCGUCUGAGGCUUUACCAGGAGCGUUACCUUGCUGACGGUGACCUGCAUUCUGAUGGCCCGGGAAGAGCACGCCGCUUCCGCUGGAAAAAUAUUAAUGACGGCUUCAACACAGAGAGAACUGGAGCAGAAGGCGAGGAAGAGGAGGAUGAAGAUGAGGGUGUGGAUCAGUCAGAGGUCCAGAGGAGGAGAGAGAAACUGGAGAGGGAGCAGUGGCUCAGAGAACAGUCGGAGCAGAAAACCAAGAAAGGGGAAGACUUGGACGCAGAUGACGAGAAGAUUGGAGAGGAAGACAGUAACUUCAUGAAGCUCGCCAAGAAGCUGACUGCCAAGACGCUGCAGAGGAAAGCAGAUGUCCCUGUGGCCCCUCAGCCGGAAAAGAAGACAGCCGCAGCUCUCAAUCCUUUCCAGAGACCGUCACAGACCUCACAGGUGAGGAGAGGCUCCCUCCUGAGUCAUCCUCAGUCCAUCCUGCAGAAACUGGCCUCCAUCUCUGACGGGAAUCCUCUGGCGCCCAGAAACAGCCGAGGAUUUCUGUUCCAAACUCUGUCUCCGGAGAAGGACGGCUCAUGCAAUGAUGCUCCUCAGAAACAGACAAUGAAGAAGAGGGGACCGAUGGACACUGUCAACCCCACAGCUAAGAGAGUCUGCAGGGAGAACAAACCUGCUGCACAGACUAAAGGCCCCCAGAGGAGCAUCUUUAACUUUCUGGGCCAUUGAGGUCUCAACAACAACAACAACAACAACACACUAACUGAAUGUAAAUCAGCAGCGGGCCACGAGGGUGAGGCUCACGCUGAUAAAGGGAAACCUGCUUUUUCUUGUCUUUGAGGAGCAGAUCAGACUUUGACAAAUGAAGGAGGUGAAAAGACGAGGACUUGCCGAGGUGGACGAUCACUGUCUUCCCACUUGGACUCCCUUUGCUGACACGAAUGCAGUUGUCUGUACGUGUUCGCAUGUUUACAGUGCUUUUAAAUGGCAAUCUGAGGAGCACCACUAAGAAGGCGUCUGAUGAUGUCACGCACAUAAGCCGUUCACUUGUUCAGCUCGUGUUACAUCUUGAAUCCAUCCCUCCUUACCUGACUAAAUCUAAAAUGUUUUAUCAUGUAAAUAGGAUUUAUUUGUUUUUAAUGGUUAGGGUUUUCUGAGAUGAUGAUUUAAGUGUUUGUUUCACAUUGUAAAUAAAAGUGUAUUUUAAGACUU